AACCGUAGAAGAACAUGGAAAAAUCUUAAGCAGAUAAUAGCGAUAGAAAGAUCGUUGUCUUGGAAACCAUAUGACCCAACUUAUAAUAGUAUCGAUGCACCAGGUGCUUUCCUCCCUCCAAAGAAGUACUCUGAUAUUAGUGGAACAAUUGCUAAAUAUACAGACCCUCAGACGAAAAUUAGAUACUCUACAUCGGAUGAAUUUAAGACAAUCAGGACUUUGCCUUGGGAUAUCGUCCAAGGCUAUUUAAGAUUACGAAAUGCUGCUACGGUAUAA